AUGUCGACAUCCUGUACCAGCAGCUCCAGAAGAGACAUUGAUGCAGUCUUCAUCAGACAUGCCCUCCAGAACUUCUCAACCAGUGUGCAGGAUAUUAGGGACUCUCAGCUGCCACCGGAAGAAGCAACAGGAGUCACAAGACCGAGGACAGCUUUGGGAGAGGAAGAGAAGCAGAGGCUGUCAAAAGAGAUCUGCGACACCAUCCUGGAUCACACCAAAGAAAGGUUCUCCUUCACUGACCAUCUAGUGAGUGCCACCUUACUACAACAAGAGAUGUUUGAAAGGUACCACCAUUCAUUCCCUGAUGAAGCUCUUAAUACCACUGUGAAGGCCUACCCUAUGUUGAACAAAGCAAAGCUCAAGACGGAAUUAUCUCUCAUCUAUGAGAAUCCUGAAUUCAAGCACUGUUGCGGUGGAUUUGGCUCUGUAACAGGAACUGCCUGUGUGGAAAGCAACAAAUCUGAGAUACAGCAGAUGGAAAAGCUGUGUACAGAGGAAACAUGUGAAGUUGGAGAUGAGGAGGAUGAGUUCCCACAUCCCAUCCCAUGGCGAAAGAUUGAGGCGCAGGGGCUUGACUGUGACUAUGGCCUACUUUUCUCCAAAGAAGAAGCAAACAGGCUUUUCAUGCAGCUAGAGGAAGAGGUGGAGUACUUUAUAGGCGAAGAAGCGAAGGUGCAGGUGUACGGGAAGAUGCACAGCGUUCCACGGAAGCAGGCGACGUAUGGGGAUGAAGGACUGGUGUAUUCUUUUUCUGGAGUGCAUCUUGCAGCUAGAGUCUGGACUCCGACUCUAGAAUAUAUCCGUGAUGCCGUGACCAAUGCCACAGGGCACACAUUCAACUUUGUCCUGAUAAACAGGUAUAAAGAUGGCCAGGAUCACAUCGGGGAACACAGGGACGACGAGCAUGAGUUGGACCCUUCUUGUCCCAUUGCCUCGGUGUCUCUUGGAGCUGUGCGUGACUUUGUGUUCAGGCAUAAAGAUGCUCGCAGGGAGCCAAAAAAAUGUCAUCUAGAGCCUGUGAAACUGGAACUGGCCCAUGGGAGCCUUCUUCUCAUGAACUCUCCCACUAACACGUACUGGUAUCACAGCCUGCCGGUGCGGAAAAAGGUGAAGACUCCACGCAUCAAUCUUACCUUCAGACGCAUUAUAAAAGGUCACCAAAAAAGGAAAAAGGAGUGACUUUUCUGUAAAUACUGUUAGUGUGUGACUGAAGAGUUCUUAGUGUAACUUACAGAUAAGAAAACACACCACAAAAUUCUGUAGCUAAUAUUCAGCUAGCUUAAUGGCUAAUUAUCUGUUAGCAAAAUGCAGUACUAGUCAAAAGUUUGGAGACACCUUCUAGUACAGUAGUUUUUCUUUAUUUUUAUUAAUUAAAAGACAAUUCAUGUCUUAAAGUAAUGAUAGACUGUCAUUUCUCUUUACUUAGUUGAGUGGUUCUUGACAUAUGGAUUACUACAGUUGUAGAAUAGGGCUAUUUACUGUGUUUUUAUUUACUAUUUAUUGUUUGAUCUCAAACGCAUUAAGAAGGUAAGAAACUCAUCCACUGCUUAACUUGUGAUGACACACCUGUUACUUGAAAAGCAUUCCAGGUGACUACCUCAUGAAGCUGGUUAAGAUAAUGCCAAUAGUGUCAUCAAGGUAAACGCUGGCUACUUUGAAGAAUCUAAAAUAUGAAACAUUUUUAAACACUUUUUUUUGUUGUUGUUGUUGUUUACCAUACAUUUUCCAUUUGUGAGUUCAUAGUUUUGAGGUCUUCAGUAUUGUUGUACAAUGUAGAAAAUAGUCCAAAUACAAAAAAACCUAUGAAUGAGUAGGGGUGUAUAAACUUUUGACUGAUACUGUAGAGCUGCCUGUAAAUUAACACACCUAACAGUGAGCACAGGGACAUUCUGCUUCAUGUUAUGCAAUAUAUACAGUCAUUAAAAUCAAAGUUUUCAGUAAAGAACCAUGUGGCUCAUGGAGGUGGGAGGUUGAAAAUAAAGCUCCAUUCAGUAAUGUGUGAGCGUGUCGGACCCGGCCGGGUGCUCAUGCACUGCGGCUCAUCUUCAGUCAAAUGUUUCUUUAUUCUGGUCAGUGUCACUGUGGUGUAAAUGACUUGGUUUAUAUUCAUUUUGACAAUUGGAACUAACUAAAUUCAUUAAAAAACUGUACACACUAGCUCAUGGUGCAUUAUGGGUAAUAUACUCAUCUCCUUGGCCUCCAACAAUAACGCUGUGGAAACGUGGAAAUUCUGAUCACAACAAAUUGUCUUCUGAGAUGUAGUAAGAACACUAAGCAAAUUUGAACAUUUCUAUGGUACGUUAUGCUCUCCUAAUUUUUUUUAAAACUGUUGCAGUAAUUUAGACCCCAUGUUUGAUGGUCUAGUGAAGAAAGGAACAGAUUCAAGGUUAUUCAAAGGAAAUUUAUUUUUUAUAAAACCAAAAACUACAUGUGGAAUAAAUAAAUGAAACACAA